AUGUCGCCCGAGGCUGACAGAGGCUCCUUGCCCUCGGAGCGUCCCUACCGCUCCCACCUUCGCCCGGCCUGCCUGGCCUGCCGGAAGCGCAAGUCCCGGUGUAAUGUCGACAAAAAUGGAGGAACAUGCUUGACUUGCCGAGCUCACGGAACACAAUGCGAGUUCCCACCGGCUCCUGGUGGAGCUUCGCCGCGGCCGAAGUCUGCUUGGAGAAACGCCCAAGCCAGUAGAUCAAAGGACUUGGGCCACCGGCCGUCCCCUCCACCACAGCCUCAGGCUCAGACGUUCUCCUCGGAGCUCCAGUACAAUGACCAGACGAACCAGCUACCGUUGGCCGAGGCAGACCAGCGUGUGUCAAAGUCCUCAGAUGGUCAUCCUCCCAUAUUCUCACCACAGAACAAGCGGUACCCGGAACCCAUUGGCGAUGGCGGAGAGGAUGAGGCACAUAUUGUGGGACCAGCAGACAUUGAAGAUACCCAAGUCUUGUCCACGUACUUGUCUAAUGAUUCGUCUGGUUUGAACCGGGGUAAGAUAUCAGUGACGAGCCCACGGCAAGAGCAUGGAGGUGGCUCAAAGAAACCCGUUGUCUUUACCACGGUGAGGAAGCAGCCUCUUGGUCUUCCUGACGACCGGAACCCAGCCUUCUUGAAGUGUCAGAUGAUUGAGAAACUUCUUGAGCCAAUGCUGCCCGAUGUUAUACAGCUCUUCUUUGAAAAGCCCAACCGUUGUUUCCCCUUGUUGGAUAGACAGUCAUUUGAGAAACGGUUCGCCGAAGACAGGAGGCACAUCUCGCCAGCCCUAUUGUCCUCGCUCUAUGCGCAUACAAUGACCUACUGGGCGCAGUCCCCCGAACUCGUCACCCAACACCGUCCCGACACUAGGUUCAUUUGGAACCAAGCCAACGAUGCCCUUUACUCGGAAAUGCACCUGUCCCCAGGCAUCUCAACUUUGCUAGCCAUCCUUCUCAAUAUCUCCGGCCGGCCAUUGACUUCGAUUAUCGGAAACGGCCUUCAGCUUGGCUCCGCUAUCUCUCUAGCUCACUCGCUUGGCUUGAACAGAGACCCUUCCGAUUGGGAUAUUCCAGAAGCCGAGAAGCUCCUGCGAACGAAAAUCUGGUGGGCCAUCUUUGUGUAUGAUAAGUGGUCGAGUCUGGCGUACGGCACGCCGCCGCAGCUCAGGAGCGGCCAGCACGACGUCGCUCUUCCCACAGUAGAGCAGCUAUGCGGCUCGGCACCAAAUCCAGUCGACUUCGAAGCAACGUCUGUGUACUUGGCAUUUGUCGCUCUGGCCCGCUUUCUCGACAGUUACCUGGAGCGCAUUUACGAUCUCGAGAAGACCUCCACCACUGGCCCCUGGGAUCUGGAAGUCUUGCUUACACAGUGGGAGGAUUCGCUCAACAACAACAUAAGGCGGAGGAUCAUCCGCGGGGGCGAGAGUCUCGACAUACCAGGUUCAGCGAACCUACGUCUCGCGUAUCUCUACAUCAGACUAUUGCUUCGGAAGUGGGAACUCGAUGCCGAGAAGGCAGCCAACGCCGACCACACAUCCUCGAUCCCCAUGCGUUGCUAUCUUGAAGUUCGACGCUCCGCCGAGGAGAUUGUGCUUCUGGUGCAAGAGCUUAAGGAUCCCCAGCUUGGCGACUACUGGCUUCCAGUUCUCACCUUUGCAUUUACGUCCACCAUCAAGUUCCUCCUUCGCUGCGCAUUAGAGACAGAGAAUACCGUCAGCGGACUGGCGCAAAGCAUGUCGCUGAAGCUGGCACGCGACCUCGUCAAUGCGCUGCAGGUUCAUCGCCAAAAGGCCUGGGACGUAGGGGACUUGUGCAUUGCGCAGUACUCCGAGGUAAUUGAGAAGCUUGCCACGUCCACAUCGAGCGCAGAAUUCUCUGAGCAGCCAGUAGACAUACCCGAGCUUCAAGAGUUCGUGUCGACAAGCGUGCCUGAUAUCGAUGAGCUCUUCCCUAGUCUAUGGGAUAUGUUUGGCCAGUGA